AGUUGCCCAACAAGGCAGUGCAUAUUCGCUACCUUACUGAAACGUCUUGGAAUACCGCCCUAAAUGUCAUAAGUUUUUCUAUGUAUAACAAUUUUCUAGGUGCGCCCGCCACUGUACUAUUUUGCAAGUUGUGAAGGCAAACAACCAGUUCAAAUUUUUUAACUGUACAACUUGCAGUCCUAGUCUAUGUUAAUACUUGGUCAAUGGUUUUCACAAUACAUAUGUAAAUAUGUUGAUUAUGUUAUCAUAUUUAACCAUCAGCUGACUGCGAGAUUAUAUUUGAAUUGUGUUUUAUGUAAAAUACAGCAAAUAUUAUAAUACAGCAGUGAGCGGGAUGGCGGAUGAGCCGGCACUUGCUCGUCUGCAGGCUUCAUCCGGUGCUGUCGCUGCGCUCGUCACGAAUGGCGAAGGUUAUGUUGGCGUGACUUGUGACGUAGUUACCCUGAUACCCAAAACAGAAAUAAAGGAAGAAGCAGAUUUUUCUGUAGAUGAAAUCUGGAACCUGGAGAAUGGUGCAAGGUUCUUAGAUGACUUGGUGAACUUGCAAGAUAGCGAAGCAGAUGUUAAGAUUGAUAAAGGCUUACAUGUUAAGCUUGAGGAAGAUAUUGAAGGUUCUUCGACUCUGCUACCUGACGAGGAACGGCUACAAGAAAAUGAACUACAGCUGCCAGAAAGCGACGAGGCAUUCGUGCGGAUGCUGCACGACCAGCGCAACACGUGCCCCGUGUGUGAGCGCAAGUUCCGGCCCCCGUCGAGGCUGCGGCGGCACAUGGCGAUCCACAGCGACGAGAGGAAGCACAAGUGCAGCGAGUGCGGGGCGGGCUUCAAGACGCUCAGCACGAUGCGCACCCACGAGCUGACGCACCGUGCCGUCAAGCCCUUCAAGUGCAGUCUCUGCUCUUCCACCCAGUGCACGAGGAGCGCCCUCCAGAAGCACUUCAACAAGAAGCACAGCAACACAGACAGGCGCGUCACCUGCGACAUCUGUGACAUGAGGUUCCAGUCCAGGAGCAGCCUCAAGAACCACGUCUUGCGCCACUCGGGCAAGACGGUGCUCUGCACGGCCUGCGGCCGCAUGUUCUACUCCGAGAAGGACCUCCGGACCCACGUGGCCAGAGCCCACGAGCUGACGAGCAGGGAGGCCCCGGAGCUGUACGAGUGUCUGCACUGCGACCGCGUGUACACCUGCAAGCCCACCCUCGCCAACCACAUGCUGUCCGUCCACCUCCGCGUGAAGGAGUACGAGUGCCCCGUGUGCGACAGGGCCUUCGCCGUGAAGGCUCACUUCCAGAAGCACAUGGCGUGCCACUCGGGCGAGAAGUUCAGUUGCAACUGUGGUCGGAGCUUCUCCACCAAGACCAGCUUGGAUAGGCACAGUCUGACGCACGUCAACUACAGACCCUACACCUGCGCCAUGUGUGGUCUCACCUUCACGCAGAAGAGUUCCGUGGAGAGGCACAUUGUCACCAACAUGGAAAAAGAACACUAUAAAAGGUUUGGUACUUGCAAACCCAUUACAGGAGGGCGGGGAGGAUACUACACUGGUCAAGAAGAUAGUUGGUGAAUGGGCUGUGAAGGUGCUCAUUUGUAUGGAAAUACAUUGGGUAAUAUUUUGACUUCUCCUGUGCCUUUCAAGACAAACUUGAAACUAUAUUUCAUAUUUUUCUAAAUACUUGUAUUGGUUACUUGAUACACUGUGAGGUGAUAUCUUAUAAACAUGGGUCAAGAAUGUUUGGUGGUCACAUCACUCGCUUCGUACCAAGACAAUCCAGGUUCGAUUCCUGGUGAAGUGUAACCUGGAUUUUUCAUAAGUGGAAAAUGUGGCAGAGAUUGGCACAAAUUGGUGGGUUUUCAUUCUCUUCCCUUCCCAGUGUCACCACUCUAUCUCAUCUGUUCAGGCCUUAGCUGUCUAAUGACAUCCAUGUUGAAGAGACAUUAAAUAUUAAGUUAUUAAUUCAUUUUGAACCUUCAGUAGUCAUGAGGUGACAUUUUGAAAGGUUUUGUUGUAAACUGGUGAUUAAAAGUACAUAGUUUAAUAUUUUAGUGUGCAGUAGAACCUCGUUAAUCCAGAUCAACUGGGGCCGGGGCUGAUCCGAAUUAACGAAAUUCCGGGUCAUUCAGAGAAUGAGGGGAAAAUCAUUAAAAAUAACGUGUAUGUACUUACCACAAAUAUUUUUAAUGGAGUUUAUAAAUUAUUAUUGGCACACUUUCACCUAAAAACACUCAGUAUGUAUUUACACUGUACGCAAUGUAGGUACAAACUAGUCGGUAGUAAGAAAAGGCAGUGAGCUUUUGCUGCCCUAGUUUUAUGUAUUGCUUGUACAAGUAGUGUGAUCUCUCAUCCGCUUUAGCAUUAGAAGCUCGUUUAGCGAUUUUUCGGCUGGACUCUCGGAAUAAACCAUCAAUUUAACAGUUAACUGUGUAACAACAGCAGGUGGGUGAGUGCAGUGAACUCACCUGCUGGCAAGUGAAUUUAUGAUUUAUCAUCUGUAAAACAAGUCUUCAUUUACUAACAAAUCAAUUUUUUUUCCAAAACUGAUCCGGGUUAUUCGGACGUCUGGUUUAACAAGGUUCUGCUGUAUUUUAUACUUACCAGAUGUUCAGUGUGUGUUAAUAAAAAUCACAGACUUUUGUGGCCAUUGUCUGGAGUUAAUUAGUUUCUGGGUUGUAGCUGCAUUGAAGGCAGGGCAGCAACUAGAGCCUCUGGCACCCGGGGCAUGAAUGGAUUCGUGCGCCCCCCCCCCCCUCUUUUUUUGCACAUACCACACCAAUAAAGCGUGGGGUCUGGGGGCCCUCCCACGGAAAAAUGGUGCUAUUUAAGCAUUUUCGGUACCUACAUGUAACAGUUUCUGUGCUACUGUAACUUCCAUGCCUGAACCCACUAGUAGGAAUUACAAUGCAAGCUAUUUCGGCGCCCCCACAGCUUUGCGCCCGGGGCGUACGCCCCGCUUGCCCCCCCCUAGUUGCGGCCCUGAUUGAAGGUUAGCAGGCUGUAGUAACAAACUUUCCCUGAGGUGUUUGGACACAAGCACAAUAUUUGUGAAGAUGGAAUACAAUCACUGCCCCAUGUGUAUGUCGAAAUCUUUUAAAAAAACUAUCUACUGUUGUUGGCAAAGGCUCUCCAUGUUCCUCGUUUAUAAUUUGUUUUCUUGUGUUGCAUACAUUGUGUCAUCUGUGUUAUUUUUGAUGGCAACCGAAAAAUUGGUGAAAUCUUCACUUUCGAUGCAGGUACAACCCAGAAGCCAAGCAAGUUCAUUGUGUGGUUGGUUGGUUGUUUUUUUUUUUUUUUUUUUACAAAAAAUGUUUGUGUAAACAUCUUAGCUCUUGGUAUAUGGCAUUUGGUAGGAGUAACUUCAUAAAUGGAACGGAAGUGUUUAAAUACGGUGCUGAAGGCUUCAAGAUGGCGGACCCAUUUGUAGCAACGUAAAGCUGUAUAUAGUCACUUCUGUAAACUUUAAGGAACAUACCAAACUUAUUGGUGUGCCAAAUGAAACUUUAUGAUAGUUAAACUACCCUGGCAUAUAUUUGGUAAACUAAAAUAGUUAUAGUAAAAAGUUAUAACACAUUUUAAAAUAUGCAAGAAAACUGGCAUUACAAUUUUGAUAGUACAUAGUCUCCUUUCGAAUAGUUUCGGUAGCGCUGCGGCAGAGCGUACAUUUGAAAAGCUUAGGGGGUAAUUCUUGAUACGAUUCAAACCUCGCCACUGCAAAACGUAUCACUUUUUUUAAAUAACAAAUUACUGGAUUAUACUAAUUGAAUCACCCUGAGGUGAAAGGGACUAAGUUAAUUUUUAUGAGUUCUUCAGGAGACACAUAAAAACAUGUUUUAAAACACAGACAUAAAAUAUAUAAAUAAUAAUUUCUGAACAAUUAUAUACCAUUUUAAUUUCUCUGCAGUAAAUUAAAAAAAAAUUCUAAAAUAUUAAUGAACAAAAAAAUUUUUUUUUUUUGAUUUGGUCCCUUCAUGUCAGGGUGACUCAAUCGUGUUUUAAACAAAUAUGUAUUACAUUUUGUUUUCUUAUUGCUAUAAUAUUUUUAAAUACAUAGCUCAGUCCAUUGGAUUAUUUCAUGCUAGGCAGAUCUUAAUCCUUUAGUUUUACUUAAAAUUAUAUUAGGUAGGAUACAUAUGCUUAAAAGUAAUAUAAACAAAAAAAAUCAUUCUUAAUAUAUAUUACCCCUAUAUUUUUUAGGAAAUGAAUGUCCGCAUUAUUAAUGAAUAAACAAACACCACCCCUGUUCGCCUAAAUAAAAAUGUGAGAUGGUUUUCCUUUACUUCAGAUAUGAUUUGCCAACUUCAUUACGUAUAUAUUUUGCAAAUGAAGUGUAGAAGAUAAAAAAAAAACAUUCACCAGGCUACAUAAUAUUUUAAAUAAACAGCUGCAAUUUUUAUAUAUUUUCAGUUUUGGUUAAAUGGACAGAAACAUGUUUAUCCUACCCUGAUAUGCUUGCUUUGAUCAGCAACUGUGUAUGAAGUAAGGAUUAUUUCUUCUCUGCUGCUAAACAAACUUGUAUGCCCACUAUUAUAUUCAUGGCUAUAACAGAAUGUAUAGCAGAAAUUGGGCAUUGUGUGCAGUGGGCUUAGCUGUUUAAUGAAUUUUAACAAGAUGUGCAGUAUUUUAAUAAAAUUCCUUGUCUAAAAUCAAGUCCAAAGCUGGAGUUUUUUUUCCAGUGUCUUUUUUGCUUUUAUUGAAGCUUCUUCAAACUGAUAUCUGUACAUGAUAGUGGCAAGCCACGUAUACGAUUCAGGCAGGUGCAUAUAGUACAUGUCUUAUUUGAAUCCAGAAAUUUUGGUACUUGAAAACAUUUUGUGAAUAUUUAUCAUGCUCGGCACUGAACAGUGAGAGACGCAUUGCCGUGCUUUUAUAAGGCCAGGUUUAUAAAAUACGCAAGCUACGCAAUAACGUAAGAAACGCAAGACACAAAAAAACAACACGAUUAUUGUUGAAUUUCCAACUUUAUUGCAUUUUGACUUGCAUUUUCUACGGACAUGUUGGAACUUUUGCUUAGUGAAAGAAAAUAACACGCUUGGAAUAAUUUUUUUCAAGAAUUCUACGUUAAUUGUUAUGCCAGUUUCAUAUAAGUUUAUUUGCAAUAUAAAAACAAAUGAAUUUUCUCAUUACUGAAGUUAGAUGUUUACACAUCUCUGGUGAUUACUGAAACACACAUUUUGUUUCUUAUUGAGAUCAUGCUCAUUUAUACGAGGCAGAGAUGGGUUGUGAACUCUUUGCAAAUGGCACACAUUGUGUGACUGAUUCUUUGAAUCAGGGUGUUUUGUUAACUUUAUUGUAGAGAGAGCCAACUGUAUAGAGAGUCAACGGCAUUUUAAGUGUUUCAUGACAGGAGGGAGGUUGAAAUAAGAAUGUGGGGCAAUAUAUCACCAUUUAAAAAUGUUGAAGUGGUACAAAUGAUGUUACUGCAAGGUAUUAGUACAAAGAGCCUUUGAAUAAGGACAAAAAUGCAUCAAAUAUGCAUGGUGUGUGUGUAAAUUUGCUAAGUUUUGUUUAUUUGUGUAGGCUGUUUUUGAGUCACAUUUAUAACCUGUGGUUGUACACUUCUGAAUUGAUUGUUAAGCUGUUUAUUUUCUGUUUGGGUGGAUCACUGGGGCUGUGCUUUCUUGGUACUAUUUGUUAUAAUGUACUUCAGCAGUGCUGCUUGUCUGCAGAAAAACGAUGGCAUUGUAGAAACUCUGGAAAAGAUAUAAUCGUUAAUAAAAUGUUGAUAAAAA